AUCACACGCCGUAAUUAUUUAAUCUUUCCAAUCUUUUAAACAUCCACGAGCGCGAACUCCAGACCUACACCAUCCAUACCACCGGAUCAUUCAAUGGGUCAACUGGACGGGUUGCCGCGCAGCCUGACAAGGCCAGAUACAGUAUUCUUUUCUUGACACGUAUGCUUACGUUCGUAGAAGCAUAAGUGUUCGCGUACUUACCUUAGGUACCUACUAGGUAGAAUCGGUAGAUUAACAAUAUUUCUUCGUCACUCUUUAGGCAAAUGUCAAACCUCUUUAAAUCCCCUGACGGUUUGAGCUGCUCAGCUUCCUGCAAAGACGACACACCCUUCUCUUUCGGUAUGGAGCCCCAAACUCUGGUCUUCACGACCAUCGCCGUCGCUUGCACCCCAUUCGCGAUAUUAAUAUGGUGGAACUACCUUCUACCCCUCUUAUUCCGCAUCUUCUCUUUAACAUUCGGAAGAGGUUUUGGUUGGUGCUUAAAGAAGGGAGCCGAAGGUCGCCGUUCUUUACUCAUUCGUGUCACUGCCGAAAACGAGGCCAAAUUCAGAGAGAGCAAAGCGCAAGAAAAAGACGAUAAUCCUAGUAGCGACGAUGAGGGUUGGGAAAAUAUUGAAGCUUCUAUAGUUGGAUCGUCUGGUAACGGAGAAAAAGGCAGUCGAGACUGGGAUGGUAUUGUCGGAUUCUUCCAUCCUUUCUGUAAUGCUGGAGGAGGUGGUGAGCGAGUUUUAUGGGCUGCAGUUCGUGCUACUCAAAAAAGAUGGCCCAACGCCAAGGUUGUUGUAUACACAGGCGAUCAUGAUGUGACAAAAGAGAGCAUGCUCGCUCGCGUCAAGAACACCUUCAGCAUCGACAUUCAUCCCCCUACGAUCCACUUCAUCUACAUAUCAACUCGACACUGGGUUCUCGCUUCUACAUGGCCUCACAUGACCUUACUCGGACAAUCAGUUGGAUCCUUAUUCAUGGGAUUGGAUGCUUUCUCUCUACUGGUUCCCGAUAUCUUCGUCGACACUGUGGGAUAUGCUUUUGUCCUUGGGUUAUGCAAGAUCCUAUUCCCUAAGAUGCCAACUGCUGCUUAUGUACACUAUCCUACUAUCUCUACCGAUAUGCUUGAAUCCCUCGACCCCAAGACCGCGGUGGGUAGCCAAGGUGUCAAUGCCGGGAAAGGGGUUGGAUUCAAGGGCUUCCUCAAAAGACACUACUGGAAGAUUUUUGCCAAUAUCUAUUCAUGGAUGGGUGCUUCCGUCGAUGUUGUCAUGACGAAUUCUUCCUGGACUCAAGCACAUAUCCAAUCGAUAUGGGGACCGCGCCGAAACCAGAGGGGUAGAGAACACCCUAUCGCCGUUGUAUAUCCGCCAUGCGCUGUUCAUGAGAUCGAACGAGCAGUCGAGAUUUCCGAAGAGAGCGAGAAGAGACGCCAAAAAUAUUUGGUGUAUAUCGCUCAAUUUCGACCUGAGAAAAACCAUCAACUUAUUCUGCAAUCCUUCGCAGAGUUUGUCAAGACUGGCACGGAGUCGGCAAAAGCUGCCAAAUUAGUACUCCUAGGCAGCGUUAGGGACGACAACGACUCAAGACGUGUAUACAAACUUCGUCUUCUCGUCAAUGAACUUCACAUCAAGGACCAGGUGAUAUUCCAACUUGAUGCCCCGUGGUCUGAGAUUCUUCAAUGGCUUGGCAAGGCAUUUGUUGGAGUCAAUGGAAUGUGGAAUGAGCAUUUCGGAAUUGGUGUGGUUGAAUACCUUGCGGCAGGCCUGAUCUCUGUCGUCCAUAACAGCGGAGGACCAAAACUGGACAUUGUCACUGAUGUCGACGGCCAACCUACAGGUUACCACGCUUCGACGACGUCAGAGUUUGCGGAAGGCUUUGAGAAAGCUCUGUCGCACCCCGACCCACUCUCAGUCAGGCGUAGAGCCCGCCUAUCUUCUAGGCGAUUCACUGAAGAGGAGUUCGCUAGAAAAUGGCUAGCUGAGCUGGAGAAACUUGUUGCGAUGAAGUUGUGAACAAACCCCGCUAGUUCAAUUCCUCUCAAUUACUACUACCUUAUUAGAUAUAGACCCACAUCCGAUACCCCCAGGAUUACACGGUGGGAGGCAGGCUCGGAGUUUGUGUUGCGUUGCGUUGCGUUACCCGUGAAAGAAAGAGGUAGGAAGGAUACCAUCAAUGGGGAGGUGUCGCUCUGGUAUAUGCAAAUUCGCAUAAGUACAAAAUGAACAUCGAUCCCCGACGUGAAUGUGACUAUGUUCUUACGUUACG